UAGUCGCGCACGCUCUCGGCGCAGCUCCACUCCGCUUCUCACUCCCCGGCGAGGUGGGCGCGGCACGCAAGGUGAACUCGUCAUGUUCACCGAUGGCAUGUCGAGGCUGGCCGUGGCGGUCAGCGUCACGGUGGCGCUCAGCCUGGCCAUCUUCCUCACCAUCCUGGUUCUCUUCCUCGCCGACCUCUUCUGCGCCCAUCUCCGCGGGCGGCGGCUUCGCGACGCAGCGUCCCGACCGAAGCUUGGCCCGCGGGCGUUGUCCCCGACGCGCACCGACGACGGGUCGGUGGCGACGACGACAACAACGGCAGCGCGCGAGGCGCUCGUCAGCACGCCGCCGUUCUACUACGCUCACGGCGUCAUGCACGCACCCAACCUCAAGGACCUCCUCCUCACCAUCCCCAAGCUGGAGGCCGCCGUGUGGAGGUGGUCGCCGGCGCGGUGCUCGUCGUCCACGAGCUCCUCGGAGCGCAGCGACCGCUUCGUGUGCAUCUCCAACCCGGUGUACGAACGGGGCGGCCAGAUGCCCGCAGCGACCGGAGGGGACACGCCGCCAUUCGAGACGCCGGGAGCGUCGCCAUCGCCGUUGGGGAUCACAGAGGAGGACGAAGAGGAGGGUGAGUUCUCGCCGCCCUUGUCAGCGAUGAGGAAGCUCCCGCCAUUGGGCGUCAUGGCUUGUCCCCCGCCGACGCUGAGCUUCGUCGAUGGCGGGCCGUCGCUGACGGUGACCGACACGAACAGGGCCUCCUCCUCCUCGUUCAAUCUCACCGCCCACUUCUCUUCAUGGUCAUCGAAGUAAGAGACCACUUGCAUACUGCAAUGUAGUGAGAGGGAUGUACUUGUUAGCUAGAGCUCGAUUUAAUUCAUUAUUUUGCUCCAUUUCCUCGGCCAUAUUAUCCAUCAUUCGCUCGGUUUUACCGAUUUUAUCUCCCCUAGUUUCUCUAACUAUUGUUGAAUCCCUAGAAGUAAUGUUUCGGGUGCAAAAUCUGUCUUUCCUUCAUGUUUAUGUACUGAACUUGAGGAAUAUCUGAA